AUGUCGUCACCAAGGUCCAGUCUCACUCUGCUCCUGCAUGGGAUCCUCCUGUGCAGCUCCUUCGCUCCAGUUGUGGGCAGCACAAAACGACCCUUACAGAGUGUUGGAUCACUGAUUCACGCCAGCAGCAGCUCCUGGGACAAGAGGGAAGCGACACCCAGAGAUGGAGAAUACCUGCUGGGGAUCAAGAGACUGAGACGACUUUACUGUAACGUGGGCAUCGGUUUCCACAUUCAGGUCCUGCCGAAUGGGAAGAUCACAGGCGUACACAGUGAAAACAGAUACAGCCUUCUAGAAAUUUCUCCUGUGGAGAGAGGAGUGGUGACUCUGUAUGGGGUGAGAAGUGGUCUCUUCAUUGCCAUGAGUGAGAAAGGAAAACUCUAUGGCUCGGGCCACUACCACGAUGAAUGCAAGUUCAAGGAAAACAUUCUGGCCAACAACUACAAUGCGUAUGAAUCAGCUGCCUACCCUGGCAUGUACAUCGGCCUCAGCAAGAUCGGAAAAACCAAAAGAGGCAACCGGGUCACGCCCACCAUGACCAUGACACAUUUCCUCCCCAGAAUCUAUUGGUUGCCACACAAGUGCUUAGUCUCAGCUUUCUCUGUAUUCUAA